UUGCAUCUCAGCCCUGAUCGCGCUGGAAAGCCUUUUGCCGCAACUCAUCACUCACUUCAUCUUGUCGAACAGAUAGCCAUUGCGAUACAGCACCAGGAAGCCAUACUUCUUGUUGGAGAGACGGGCACUGGAAAGACGUCGGCAGUACAGCACUUAGCCGAACUGGUUGGCCGACGUCUUAUUGUCAUCAAUCUAAGCCAGCAAUCUGAUGCUACCGAUCUGCUUGGCGGGUUAAUGCUCACAAUUUUUUCAUUAGUUUUAAAAUUGUAUAACCGAACGAAAUUUUUUUAG